AUGUCCGAACCCAACAUCGCAGCUUUUCUAACCGAACCUAAAUCCGAAUCUCUCAUCAUAGGACCUACCGAAAUGCCAAAAGCGAAUAAAGGAGAGAUAGUCAUACGUGUUCAUGCUACAGCAUUAGCGCCAGUAGAUUCCGGAAUACAAAAAUUAGAUUUAUUCCCUUGGUUGAAAUAUCCUAGAAUUUUAGGAUGUGAUGCUGCUGGUGAAGUUGUUCAAGUUGGACCUGAAGGAGAAUGGGGUUGUCCAUUCAAAAUUGGUGAUCGAGUCAUCGGUGGACCAGGAGGUAUAAUGCCCAAACGUUUAUCCAACACCGAAGCUUCUUUCCAACGUUAUACUCGACUUUUAGUUCAAGUAACAUCUCCAUUACCACCUUCAAUCCCUUAUAUUCAAGGUUGUUCUUUACCAUUAAAUCUAGCAACAGCAAGUACAGGUUUAUUCGAACCUCAUCUUCUUCAUCUUGAUUAUCCGACAAUUCCACCAUUACCCGAAAACAAUAAAUAUCUAAUCAUUUGGGGUGGUAGUACGAGCGUAGGUUCUUGUGCUAUUCAACUUGCUAGAUCAUCAGGUUAUACCAUAAUAACAACUUGUUCUCCUAAAAACUUUGAUUAUUGUAAAGAAUUAGGAGCGAAACAAGUUUUGGAUUAUAAUGAUCCUCUUAUCGAAGAAAAAUUAGUGGAGUUGUUGAAUGGUAAACAAGUUGUUGGAGCUUUGACUUUAGGUGAAGGUGGUGCUGAAAUCUGUGUGAAAGUAUUCAAGAAAUCCGAUUGUAUAGGUAAGAAAUUUGUCGCUAUGGGCAAUUUCCAAAUCAAAGAAAUGCCUUCGAAAGAGGAUGGGGACAAGUUUAUGGGAGAUUUAUGUGUGGAAACGGAAACGAGUAAAAAGAUCUUUUGGGAUUUUUUACCUAAAGCUUUGGAGAUAGGACAGUUCAAGGUUAAACCCGAUGUCGAGGUUAUUCCUGGAGGAUUGAGUGGGAUACAAGACGGUUUGAAUAGGAUUUGGAGGAAAGAGAUUAGUGCAAAGAAAUUGGUCGUGGAGGUGAAAUGA